CGUCCCUGAGGAUGUAUAAAAGAUGCAGGCUCUCAAGAACAUACUCUCUCCUCUCACCUUGAAUUCUAACCCAAUCCAUGACACGUUGAAACUCGUAGUAAUCGGCGGAACGGUGGAGACUGCCAGAAGGGUCUCGGUCUCCGCAUGGAACGGUUUCAUAGAUUCCUUUUUUCUCACUGCCCAUUUCCGCCAGGAAGAUUACCCAUAUGAUUGGUUGAUGCAUUGGCUGUCUAAGCAACCGGCAUGGGGCCGGAGCCGAGAGUUCGACAUAACCACGCGCUCCGUUAGCCGUGGUCUCUCGCAACCAACUACUGGUGACCUAGAGGAUGAUGAAGAAGAGGACGACGAGGUAGCGCUUGCUGGGCGCAAGAAGCGCAAAGUGGUGAUUAUUCCGAGUCUUGAUACCACACAUACGAUCUAUUACCGUGGACACUGGCUUCGGAUUACCCGAAUAAAGCGCUUCCAGGAAUACGGCGCGUAUGCAGAGCUGAAGAUUAGCGUGGUGGCACGAAACAACGACAUCCUCAAGAGCCUCGUGCUUGAGGCAAAGCGUGAGUAUGAGAAGGACGCAGAACACCGUGUGCAUAUAUUCAUGGCGGAUACAACUUACGGGUGCUGGAGAUGGAACGGAGCGAGGCAGAAGCGCCCUAUGAGUUCGAUAGUGUUGGAGCCUGGCGUAAAGGAUAUGAUUCUUGCCGACUGCAAAGACUUCCUUUGCUCGGAAGACUGGUAUGCUGAAAGAGGAAUUCCCUUUCGGCGCGGAUAUCUGUUGUACGGCGUCCCAGGAAGUGGCAAGACAUCUUUGAUUCAUAGCUUGGCCGGAGAAUUAGGCCUUGACAUCUAUGUGGUCAGCCUGUCCUCGAAGGGAAUGAGCGACAAUACCUUAUCAAAUCUGAUGGGCAAUGUUCCAUCAAGAUGUAUCUUACUCCUAGAAGAUCUUGAUGCCGCGUUCACACGUGGAAUUUCUCGCGACGAAACAUCUACGGGUGCUCCUAUGACUACAACAUCCUCUUCUACUUUCACCGCGAAGACCAAGGACGAGAGUAAUGAUGGAUCGACCCUGAGUCUCAGCGGCCUCCUCAAUAGUCUUGACGGAGUUGCUGCCGCUGAGGGCCGUCUUCUAUUCGCUACGACGAACCACAUUGAACGCCUCGAUCCGGCGUUGAGUCGUCCGGGAAGGAUGGAUGUAUGGGUCAAUUUCAAACAUGCGACGAAGUGGCAAGCGGAAGGCAUAUUCAAGUGCUUCUUCCCCAACAAGCCGUCUUCAAGAAGUGCCUCGUCUCCCUCGUCCGCGCCAACGACUGAGGUAGAAGAUGACCUGACAUCAUCACAAGACAAUCUCGCUGUACCGAAGCGCAAGCAAAGCUCACACGCUGUGCCUCUUCUCUCCGAAGAGGAGAUAGCUGAGCUUGCUAAGCGAUUCGCAGAUGCAAUUCCCGAAGACGAGCUUAGCGUGGCUGCACUGCAAGGGUAUCUUCUCAAGAACAAGACUCGCCCAAGAGAAUGUGUCGCCGAGGUAGCUGAUUGGGUGAUUCAAGAACGUGAAACGCGCAUAAAGCUGAAGAAGGAGAAAGAAGAACGGGAGGCGAAGGAAAAAAGAGAGGCUGAAGAGGCAGCGCGAAAGGAGGCCCGUACUCACAAUCUCCACUCCUCGUACUCGAGCUCUGACCCGUAUAAUCUAAUAGAAGGAAGCAGAAAAGAAAGAAGAGGAUGAUUCUUCCAAGAAGGAGAAAUCGAGCGCCGAAAAGAAGAAAACUAAG